GGGUAGUAGUCAGCUUUGCGCUAUUCGCGCCACAGUCGUCAGUACACGAUACUCUCCACUCCUGACUGGUUCGACUCUGUCUCACCCUCCUUUCCCCUCUCUCUCUUUCUCUGUCUCUCCCCCCUCCGCCCCUUGGGUUUUCGCCUGACGACGCUGCUCUCUCGGGCAUUUCGCCGGAAACCGACGCCGCGCGAGGACACACGGAGUUUCGUUACGUGUUACACACGCCACCGCUCUAUAUCUUUUUUCCACCGUUUUGUAAGCGGACACGCAGGCAUCUUGCCCAACACGCAUCUAUUCACCAUGAGUACUAAGGAAAACAACGAGGUCGCUGUCGAGAAGGUGACCGAGAACGACAAGGCUUCCGGGGACGCGAAGUGUGAGAUCAAAGGAAUCAAGAGGCCGGCCGAGGAAAAGAACGAUGACACGAAGAAACAAAAGAAGGAGGAGAACGGCGAUGGAGAAGUAGAGGAAGAGGAGAUUGAAGAGGAGGUUGAAGAGGAGGAAGAAGUGGACGGCGAUGGCGAAGAGGAUGACGAAGACGACGACAUGCCAGAAGGCGAGGAAGAUUUAGAAGAGGGCGAAGAUGAAGAGGAAGACGAUGCAGAAGGUGAAGUAGAAGGAGAAGUAGAAGACGAAGAGGAAGACGCAUAAUGAAAAAAGGGAAGGAAGUAUGUAAGUAAGAAGGGAGGUAGGCACAUGGUGUUGUCGUCGAUCUUCGGCAGUCUUCUCAGCAAACACUUACUCUCAUAUUGAGUGGUUGGUAGCAAUGUUGAUAUAUCCAUCGUGCCCGAAAACCUGUAAUUGCUGGAACCUCCCAACCUACGAAAGAAAAUUACCAUCUCACCAGAGUUGUGGUGGGCUGACACGCAUUAAAGGCAGCCGCAAUUCUGUAGUCUUGGCUCUUCGCAAUUCUGGUCGUCUAGCCAUCACCAAAUGCUGUUAGGUAGUUUGAAUGAAAACCAUUGAUUCGUCGUCGCAGGGAUGCAUGAACGCGUCGAUUCCGUUUAAUAUCACGUUUCAAGUACUUGGCGCGCACGCACGUUCGGUACCGAUCGUACAGGGUUUCCGAUUUGACGAAUCUAUUGUUUUCUCCAAACCACCUGCUAACUGGUAUUUGCCGACAUCUGGCUUAUCUUCGCGGGACAGUUUUAUAACGAAAACUUAUUUAAGAUAUAAAAAGCUCUAUUGUAUUUAAAUAGUGUAAAAUGAACAUUUGUGGGUGAUGAUUUUUUUACAUUUGAAAUCAAAUUUACGUUUGUAGUUUGACGAAUGUCUCUCACCUUGUGCGCGUGAUUAAUUUUCCUUUUCUCGACCUACAAAUAUAUUUGCAAUGAUAUUGCAGGAGCGCGAGCGAUUUCACAAAGUGAGUAAAAAAAAACAAAUGAAACGAGUGGAGCCGAGAAUAAGAAUAGCAAAGUAACUAAACAGAUGCAAAAGUAUAUUCAACGUAUACUAUUAUUCAAAGAAAAAGAGAAGCUUAAAUGGUCUCGAAAACUCUGUCUCGUGCUCCUGUUUGAUCUGAAAACAAAAAUUAAAGUUGCUGCAACGCUCGCGCCAGGUAGUGUGGAUGAGUAAUGUGUGACUUUAACAUUGCGUAAUAAUUAUACAUAGUAUGUAUAAAGUUACGAAAUAAGAAACAUUUUAUUAUUAACGAUAACAUUAUGUAACGUAAUGUAAUGUGGAGAGGUUGUUACACUUUAGACUCAGGGCAUAGAGUAGGGAGAGAUUUAUCAUUUUUCUUUACAAGAUUGCAGAAUACUUUUUAUUUCCUUGAUGAAUGUUCUCUUUUCGGUUCUUGUUAUGAGUUUGUGUAUCGUAAAAGUAAAAAGAGUUCAGGUCUUACUGCUCACCGUAUUAUCUUCAAAAGAAUACAGAAGGAACAAAAUGUUUGUGACAAUGCCACGUAAUCAAAAAGCCACUCUCCCUAUUCGAUUGCUCUUACUCGAACAUAAUUCAGUUGUAUUUUACGUACUGUGGUUUUAUUUUGACUUUGUCAUGGACUGCUCAUAGCAAUGAUUCGUUGACUGCCGCGGAACGAGUGACAGUAUUCGUUUACUACAGAACUUCUUCCUAGAAAAAAAUUUAUUUUUUUUCCCUUUAAUAAUACAUUCUCUCGUGAUUCGUCACUUAUUACCAAUCGCCGAAAGAUACUUUUCAAUGCUAGAGUCGGUGGAUCGUUGCAAAUUGAAUGUCCAUGUCACACCACUUAUUUCGGGAGACUGGUAGACAAGAAAGGGUGAUGAGACAUUGCGGUUACGAUACCAUUGUACCAUAGCUGCAUAAUAAAUAAAGGUAACGAUAAUUUGAAUGCGAGACGAUGUCCCACGUUUUAAUGUACAAAUAUUUUCGAAUGAGGUAGUUAAAUAAAACGCAGUUAGAUCAGAGAAAAUGAUUCGUUCUCGUGAGUAGUAAUGGGUAUAAACCAUCCGGAGACAAAUUUACAGAAAUGGCAGUAUUAAAGUGAAAGAAAAACUGCUGUUCGUGGACUGAAUCCUGCUACACUGAAUCCAAGGAGAUGGAAUGGACUAUGUAACGGGUGUCGAUAUAAUAUAGAAACAACAUUUUCAUUCGAUGUAUUCAUAAACGAUAGGUGGCAACAAAAUUAUUCGAGUGUGUACACCGUUAAAAAAUGAAGCCUGAGGCGUAAUUAAUAAUCGAUCAUUGUACCGUUUAUCGGCCAUACCAUCUCCGGAACUCUGUUACUCGACGGUUUUAUACACAAUCCGCUGCUGUAUUUACACGUGUUCACUUCAAGAUAGUACCUUGACGAUCAUGUUGACAAAGAACUAUCUUAAAGUUACAGGUGCCUGAGCAAAAAUGAGUACUUUAGCGUUCAUAGUAUACAAUACACAUACACUAUAAGCAUAGGUCCAUUUAAUUUUAUUAUUACAAUACCAAGCCCCGUUUGCAACAUGUCCGUAAAGGGAAAUAAGAAGGACUCGCGUCCUGUAGUUCGAGCCUCGAAGGGAUCAUUAUUUGCUCUCGCUCGAUUGCUAGACGUGACUGAAAAUUAUUUACUGGUGCUAACGGGUCUUAACAAUCAAUCAGGCAGAUCGCCCAGAUACCGUUACAUCCCUACGUUCGUUAGGUAAGCAUUAAAAGAAAAAAGAACAGAAAGAAAAAGAAACUGGAAUUUAAGGAUCUUAGUGAAUCUGGUAACGAAACGUGUUUCACGAUUAAACGUAAACAAAAUCUUAGGCUAAGAAUUUGGUUUGUGUGUUCAUAAGUCUUGUUCAAACUACUUUUGUACAGGAUACCAUCGCAUCAUCACUUUCGACGUAACAGUAAACACCACAGACUAUAUUUCUGCCCAUUCCAUCAGAAUUGAACUUUCAUUGUAUUUUUAAGUAAAUACAUUUUGGAAAACAACACAAAUGGUUUUUUAUUCUUCACGUAUUUGUGAAGGAACGAGUCUCUUCCCUAGAAAUAUAUUAGUCUAUAAUUCUUGGAUGAUUAGUUUUAACUUUAUCCUAGGCUACUUUAGAAUACUAUGAUAUUCUUAUAUCACUUUGUACAUAAGUAUAAGAAUUAAGAGGUGUGAGAGGUGACAUAUGUUGUAAAUAGUUAAGGAACAAUUCACAAUAAAAUAUGAUGUACGUAAUGAGUAUGUGAUACAUUUGACUAAAUGAUACUGAAGUUCAAUAUACGUGUUAUCUACACAUAAUUGUAUGUACAAUUACAAUACACACCUAGAUGUAAUUUUAUAUGUACUAAAUGUAUGUACCUGUGUAUAAUUUAAUUUGUAUCAGAUACUGUUUAUUUAUAAAAUACUCUGUGUAAUUAUAGUACUGACUUUAAGGUGAUAUUUAGUAAAUGGUACUGAGAUACUAUGGUCUCGAGUGUAUUCUGUAUAUAUAGUUAUAAUCUGCGAUGAAAAGAACACAUUUUUUCUUUAUGUAUUUGCAAAAUAACAUAUGAUUCUGCUCUAUGUUUAGGACAGAUAUUUAUUUAAAGACGAAUCAACGUGCCUGGACGGAAUGUGUAUUGGAGUUUUUAUAUCCGGGGUAUACAUAAAAAUGGGAGCAGAGCAUUUUGUGCUUCGAUAUAUUAUCUACUAAUAUAAAACUAUAUUUACAAGUUUGUAGUAAAUAUAAGUGUGUAAAAAGAAUAAAAGUCGUAUAUUUGAA